UUAAGAUGAGUGAGGCUCUGUCUCGUACAUGAUGUACUGCAGAGAACGAGUGGGAGAUAGAAUAAAGAAAGAAAACUAGUGGCACACAGUUUGACAACAGGCAUUUGAUCAACAUGACAUCAGAGAAUAAACACUUUAAGGAAGAUGAGGACCUUUUGGUCAUCAAAAACACUGACUGCAACAAGGGUCAUUACUGUAACAACACCAGCUCAAAGAGGAAUCAGGGAUCGUCUAAAGGCAAACCCGCUGACAUGAUAUAUGUUGUUGGAGGCUGGAGUAAAGAUGACCCGUUCUGUCCAGUUGAGCAGUUCUGCCCCCAGUAUAAUGAGUGGAAGAUGACCGCUCCAAUGCACCAUCAACGCGGCGACACAGGGGUGUGCGCUCUGGGCGGGAUCAUCUACACUGUGGGCGGGUGUGAUGAUGUCACCUGUUUGAGCAGUGUGGAGAGGUAUGAUCCAGAGCAUAACACCUGGUGUGUGGACGUGCCGUCGCUCUCCUCGCCACGGUCAAGGGUGUGUGUUGUAGAGAUGGAUGGAUGUCUCAUUACACUUGGAGGUUUUGACGGAAUGACCUGCAUUAACACAGUAGAGAGAUAUGACCCAUGGAAGAAUUCCUGGUCUAAGUUGACUCCAAUGCUGAGGAACAGGGCAGCUGCAUCCGCCGCUGUCCUGAACGGUCAAAUUUACGUUGUGGGAGGAACAGAUGGAGACAUGGCGCUAGAUUCAGUGGAGCUUUUUGAUCCAUUUGAGGCAUGUUGGUGUCUCUGCCCCACCAUGUCCACCCCAAGGGUGGCUUCAGGGUGUGCUGCGUUUCUUGGCUGUCUGUAUGUGGCCGGAGGACGAGACGAACUUGGUCUGUCAUUGAGCACCGUGGAAAAAUACGACCCAGACACUCUCCGCUGGAGCCCGGUUAGGGCUAUGAACAACAAGAGAUUUCAGGUUUCUUUAGUGCUGUUUAAUGGCUUUCUAUUGGCUAUCGGAGGAUAUGAUGGUGUAAGUGACCUUAAAACAAUGGAGGCUUACAACCAUGAGAAAAACUCCUGGAGACAUUUUGGAAGUAUGAAGUCCAAGCAUCCAGGUGGACAUGUGGCUCUGGUUAAGGCUGUGUGAAAUGUAUUGAUUGAAAUGAUGAUGAUAUCAUUGUAAUA